AUGGCGAGCAGGUUCAUCGACUAUAUCCGUGGGCCCGAGGGCAGGCCGGGCGAGGCGCGUCUGCUGCGGAAACUGGACUUCUUCAUCCUUACGUUCUGCUGUCUGAUGUAUUUUGCGAAUUAUCUGGAUCGAAGUAACCUGGCCAAUGCCUAUGUAUCUGGGAUGAAGGAAGACUUGAACUUCCAUGGGAAACAGUUCAACCUCAUCAACACCAUCUUUACCGUCGGAUAUGUCCUCGGGCAGGUCCCCUCCAACUUGGCCCUGUACCAUCUCAAGCCCCGGUACUUCUUACCGGGGAUGAUGGUCGUAUGGGGAGGCCUUACCAUGGCCACCGCCGCCGUCCACAAUCCCCAGGGGAUCAUGGUCAUCCGCUUCUUCCUGGGGCUGGCCGAGUCGUCCACGUUCGUGGGCACUCAUUACAUCCUGGGCUCCUGGUACACAGAGCGAGAGCUGGGUAAACGAUCCGGCAUCUUCACUGCCUCUGGUUUGGCCGGAACUAUGUUUGGCGGCUUCAUCCAGACGGGGAUAAACUCCUCGCUGCAUAUGAAGGCCGGCAUGCCUGGCUGGCGGUGGCUGUUUAUCAUCGACGGGCUUAUCACCCUCCCGAUUGCCAUUUACGGGUUCUUCCUGUUUCCCGACACGCCUAGGACGACUCAUGCUCCGUACCUCACCGCUGCAGACAAGGCUCUCGCUAUAGAGCGCCUGCCCAACCGCAACGUGGAGCGCACGAAGAUCAACUUUGCCUUUGCCAAACGGGUCUUCUCGACCUGGCAUCUGUACGGGUUUGUCGUGCUUUGGAUCAUCGCGGGAGAAACCGAGUCCUUCUCUACUAACUCGCUGCUCGCCCUGUACAUGAAAUCGCACCCGACGAUCAAGUACACAGUUGCCCAGAACAACAACUACCCGUCCGGCAUCCCGGCCGUCGGCAUUGUAUCAACGCUGUUCUGGGCGACCCUGACCGAUUUCCUGGGCGGGAAACGGUAUCUGGUCGGCUACUGGAUCGGGAUCACAGGAGUCGUCGCCUCUGCAAUGAUCCUGGCACCGGGCUCGUCGACCACCACCGUCUUUGCCGCCUACUACUGGGCCGGCUCGGUAUACGCCUGCCAGGCCACCUUCUUCGCGUGGGCCAACGACGUGAUGCGGUACAAGGACGACGCCUGGCGUAGCAUCGUCAUUGCCGGCAUGAACAUGGGCAGCAAUGUCAUCAACGCCUGGUGGAGCAUCGUCUUCUAUCCCGCGAGCGAUGCCCCUUAUUUUCGGUCUGGUAUGUAUGCCAUGAUUGCGUGUUCUAUCGCGAUGGCCAUCUGGACCGGGUUCGUGGUAUACAUGGCCUGGCGAGAGGAGCGGAAGGAGCCUGUAGACCACGAGGCGCCAGCAGAGAAGCAGGCCGCUAAACACGAUGAAUAA